UUCGGCAGUAUAUGUAUGUAUUGAAUAAGACUUACCAGAAAGUCGAGAAGAUCUGUGUUCAGAAUUGUGUUUAAAACUACAAGAUAAAAACAUCAGGAAAAAUUUUAAUCAUAUCACUGUCAAACCAGUCAACAUGGCCCCUCCUCCUUUGACGAAAGAAGCACAGGCAGUAUUUGAUAAAUACACGCACAACUUCGUGAGGAGGUUAAAGAAACCAGAAGCUGUGAAAAUGUUUGUCAAUGACUACAAGCUUUCAGAUGAGCAUGCCGGUGUGAUGUUUGAUAUAUUCGAUAUUGACAAGAACGGAGAACUCAGCAUUUGGGAAUAUCAACAGUUUUAUUCUUCGCUUGGCAAUAGUUUAAAUGAUGUCAUCGAACUCUUCUACAAAGUUCAAAAGGAUGAUUCUAGCGGAACUGUAGACAUGGAACGCACAUUUGACGAAAUGAAGCAAGUCAAGACCAUGUCUGGCCGUAUACUCAAUGACACGGAAUUAGAACAAUUCCUCAAGAAAGGAACAAACGAGAAUAGAGAACUGGACUUUAAACGAUUUAUCAACGUCAUUGUCAGGAUCAAAACUUUCCGAGGAUAGACAAUGGACAUUUGUCAAGGUCAAGCAAAACAAAUAUUGACGAUAAUUCAAAAUUUCGUGUGACAUCUAAGGACACUUGUUGGGUGAUAUUGUAUCCAAACUCAUGAUAAUAAUUCAUUCCUUCUUGUCAUCUUUUUUAGUAAUCGAUAAUUCAAUAUAUUCGUUCUUUUCCGUUAUACACUUGUUAUUUUCCGGAUAAUGUCACGUGAUCUUCCGGAUGAGCACGAUAAGUUACAAUGUUGUUCAGUCCAUGUGAAAAGUAGUUGUUGCUGCUAGGUAACAAAUAUGCAUUGCAUAUGACGUCAAACUUUAGAGUCGUAUAACUCGAUAUGUUUUCAAAUAUCUGGAGAUCUAAUUAUAAAUAAUGAUAACAUAUAUAGCUAUUUAUCUUCGUUCUUUUAGCAUCUUAAUUUUGUUUUUAUUUAACAUGUGACUUAUAUUUUGAUAAUUUAUUUCAAAAAUUAUAAAUUAUAUAUUCCCACAACACUGCCAUAUUGCUGCAAAAGUUUACUUUGCGACAAAAUUUAUCAACUGAUGACUUUGAUAAUUUUGAUUCGCAGAGUUAUUCCCCUUCGACUAUAAAACGAAUGGUAGAUAUGAAUACUUGCUGGGAUUGAUUACAUGUCUAUGUCAUCUUUUCCUCAUUGUUGGAAAUGGAACUGCAAUAUAAUCGGAAGUACUAUAUUUCAUGGAGUUGCAAACUAUUUUAUAAUAGCUUUAGGAAAGGGUAUUGAUAUUAUUGAUGUAACUUGUAUCCAAUUCUUCUGUUUAUUGGCAACAAGCUAUGAUUAAUUCAAACUAAUGGAUAUUUGCAACUAACUGAAUUCUUAAGAAGGAAUAUCAACGUCAGCUGUGUCACUCUGUUUAUGAUAUAUCAAUUAGUUAUUUUUUUAAUGAAUCUUGGCUAAUAUUCAUACAAGACUUAAAGGAUCUGUGAGAAAUGUCACUCUUCAUUUCUAUUAAAAUAAAUUUGUUGAUAAUAUAUGUCACUGAUAUAUAUUUCUUCUUAAUAAAAAUGUUACAUUAUACAAUA